GCGAUACUUUGUCAUAAGAUGCGACGACGUUUGUUUCUGGAGCAGUAGUGUGAGCGCGUUGGUGGUGAUUUUCGUAGACUCUUUGUUUCGAUUUUUGACGAAGUAUGACAGACCAAAGAGGAGAUAGAGACGUUCAACCCUCUCAACAGACAGGAAUCACUGAGCGGACAGUGGUCUCAGAGGGCAAUUUAUUGUUGGAAAGCAAUGAUGAUUUGGCUGCCACACAACACGAGCUGCCAGCAGCAGAAUUAUGCAAUCAAGCGUGUAAAAUUGUAUCCCUGACGGCAGUUCCUGAAGUUUGUGUGAUAAAGCAGAAAAAUUCUACAGUUCAGCAUGAGCUUGGUGUUCCAACCCUACAGAGCACUGCAAGUGAAAUUAAUGGUAAUGUGCUCGUUUGUGUAAAUCCAGUAACACCUGUGUCUCAAGGGAAUUUGAAUGCUGUUAAAUCAAGUGAGAUCAGUACUUCUCAGGAGUGUGACAUUGCAUCUGCUGUUCCUGCCUUGGUCACUGGUGAUCAAGAAAUGGAAGUUUCAGUGUCUGCUCAGCUGGAGAUGUUAUCAUUUAAAAGAUCACAGUUGAAAUACCAGGAAACAGAAUAUGCACGAGACCAACAUUUCGGCCAGGAAAAUAAGUUCCCACAGGUUGACGUUACAUUACAAGACAAUGCGGCUGACGUGGAAGAUAGUGAAGGUGAUGAAAGUUCUUCAUUGGACAGUGACUCAGAUUCCACGUCAUCAUCUUCUGAACUCUCUGUGGUUGUAUUAUCAGAUGGUGAAGAUGAUGAUCAGGAACUAGCAGGAAAGAGAAAACCCCAACCAGUCAAAACAAAGGAUGAACUGCUGUUGGAGGAUUUGCCGAAAGUCGAAGAAGUAAAUAUUGUUCUUCCUGAAGAAGUGAAAAAGGAGCCCAUUGGGAUUGUCUCCAGUAUCAUUGACCAGUUGGUUAUUGUAAAAUCACUGAAGGACAUGCCACCUGUGAAUGAGGAAACUAUCCUAUUCAGAAAUGACAACACUUCAGUUGGGAAGGUAUUUGAGGUAUUUGGUCCAGUUUCUCAGCCAUUUUACAUUCUUCGUUUCAAUUCUGCUGAAGAGAUCACUGUGAAGGAAAUUGAGUUACAACAGAUGUUUUACUUUGCCCCAGCAGUGAAGGAUUUCACUCAGUACAUCUUUACAGAGCAACUCAAGCAAGAAAAAGGUUCUGAUGCAUCUUGGAGAAAUGACCAGGAGCCACCAACUGAGGCUCUGGAUUUCAGUGAUGAUGAAAAAGAAAGGGAAGCAAAGCAAAAGAAGAAAAAGAAGCAACAAAAUCAUGGAGAUAAAAAUACUCGAUCUGGUGGAAAGGAAGAUGGACAAGCACAACAACAAAAGCAAGUUCAUUUAGUUUGUGGGAGAGGAUUUAAACGCAGUCCUGGUCAUGAAUUCCGUCAUCAUUCUUCAACCAGAUUUGAAAAUCCAACAGGUUAUAGAUUUCCUCAGUCAGCAGAAAACCUUGGAACAUCACUUAACCAGAGGUCACCAUUUAGACCUCCAGGAUUUCAUCCAUCUAUCAAUAUGAUGCGUUCACAACCUGUGAUGUCCAAUCCAUUAAUGUCAUGGCCUUAUACUCCUCCAUUUUGGACUCCAGUGCCAAAUGAUAUGCAUCAUUUCUUAAUUCCUCCACCACCACCGCCACCUCCGCCAUCCUUUCCACUUCAGUCACUGAGCACAGGCUGGUCAGAAUCUAACAUGAGGCAUACUACUUGUUUUCCAAGUGCUCCUCCCACUUGUUUUUCCAAUACUCCUCCUCCUCCUCUUCCUCCUCCUCCUCCUCCUCCUCCUCCUCCUCCUCCUCACACAUCAAAUUCACAACUCCAUCCACAAGGUUCACGAGUCUUUGUUCAUAGAUCUGGAUAUUAGGAAGGCCCAUAUGUUGCCAACUUUCUGAUAUACAUGACAAGUAUCAAGUAUUGUUCUCCACUCAGACUCCAAUAAAAUUGGAUGCAAAAUAUUCCAGAUACUGAGCAAUCAGGAGGAUAGAGCAGCUAAGAACAUGGUUUGCUCAUUGAAAUAGCAUCAGUCAAUGACAUUUUUGAUCUAACAAACACUGUUGAUAUCAAGUCUCUGCUUCCAAUAACCAUUUGAAGCAAGCAAAAUCUUACCUGAAGUUUAAAGUUAAGUAAAAGCAAAUACAGAGUUGUAUCCUGUUGUGUCUUAAAGUUAAAUAACUAGUUCACACUUAAUAAUUAGGAAUGCUGUCUUUUUGUGAUGUCUGCUAUUGUUAAACUUCAGUGAAAAGAGAUACUAAUUUGGGUCAUGUUACAGACAAAAUUUGACUUUUUCUCAUACUUCACCUAAUAAAUACAAUCAUGUACAACAGUAGUUUGAACAUAUCAUUCUACUUGUUCAGAAAUGGCACUUUUUGGCCUGCAAAGACACCUUUCAUACACAAUGGAUACUGAAGAAUCUGCGGACACGUUUGUACCUCAGACAAUGCUUUUCUCCAUUUAGGAUUUCGAACUGGAUGCAAAAUGAUUUGCUAAUUGGUUAUUACUUACUGUGUUGCUGUUAAAGGCCAGUUUAACUUCCUGAACAUAAAUUGUAAUACUGUAUUUUGUCAAUCGAGAAAUGUUGUCACUAGUGUUAAAUUAAUCAACAAAGACUUUUCAUACAUUUAGCAAACUUUACAUCUUUAGAAAAUCCUGAAUGUCACUUCUUUUGCUCCUCAAGAUCAUUGAAUAUAAAAUCAGGUAAAUCAAAAAUAUUUUGAAGUUG